GGUUCGACGUGGCCAAAGGUUUGGUUCAAAACUACAUGUUCGUGCCCCACAAGCAUAAGCAUGCCUAUUUGGCGGCCCUCCUAGCUCACUUCAAACUCAGUACUGUGAUGAUCUUCGUUGACACCUGUCUUAAUGCCCAGCGGAUGGCCACUACUCUGAGGCACCUCGGCCACAACUGUGUAUGCCUACAUGGCAAGAUGACGCAGACUCAUCGCCUUGGAGCCCUCAACCAGUUCCGGGCUGGCACGCGAUCGAUCCUCGUAGCAACAGAUGUAGCAGCGAGAGGCUUGGACAUUCCUAGUGUAGAUGUCGUCAUCAACUUCGACGUGCCCAAGAACCCUGAGGAGUAUAUCCACCGAGUGGGGCGUACUGCACGGGCUGGUCGGACUGGCCGCUCGGUGACCUUGGUCACUCAGUAUGAUAUUGAGCCCUUCCAGAGGAUCGAGAAUAAACAAGGCAAGAAGAUGGAGGAGUUCCCUGAGGUCAAUGAGGAAAGCGCCAUGUCGCUACAAGAGAAGGUCUUGGAAGCUCUCCGCUCGACACAGCUGGAGAUGCGAGAGCAGGAAGAGGACAUCAAAGAGGCAUUGGCGGGGAAGAAGGGUGGACGUGGAGGCAGGAAAAGACAACACCAAAUGAUCCUCCAGAAACUCGCCCAAGGGAACAAGAAGAAGAGAUAAUCAACUGUUGUAUAGUAAACCAUUACUGUCGCACGUCGUUGCUAUGUAACGUUCCUGACCGCA